CUACGUUCUAAGGCGUGGUCGCCACGCCCACGAUACUUAUUCAGCAAGAGAGAUAAACAGAUCAUGGAGUUAAAGUGUAAUAAAGGAUUUUUAAUUUUAAUAGGGUUAGCCUUAUCUGCUACAAUAGGGAUCAUAUUAUUGUUUGUUGGUUGUGCCUUACAUUAUGAAUCAGCUAAUGAAGGAAUAGUAAACUGGUGGGGUCUAUUUGUUCUUAUUUUUUAUCUCCUUGCUCCUGUGCCGCUCACAUUGGCCAAGCUAUGUACUGUGAGAGAAUGUGCAUCAGAAGAAAGCCUUAAAGUGCUGUACGAUAUUUGUUAUUUUAUCUCGGCAUGCAUAGUUGUGUCUGGAUUUGGUCUACCAGCUGUAAUGGCAAGGAACAUGAUUAUUGAGUAUGGUGCUGCUGGUAUCAUUGGUGGUGCUAAUAUUUUUGUUUUCUCAACUGUCUAUGCUUUCUUUGCAUUCUUCACACGAGAAGAAGAAUGGGAUUGGACAUCAGAUGACUGGUGACCAGCAUAACUCAGUGUUGCUCUCUCUAUCUCUGUGUCUCUGUGUCUCUAUCUCUCCAUGUAUCUCCUCUCUCUAUCUCUUUGUCCUGCAUGUGCUGUAAAGAAAAUGAAUUUUUAAAUAUCUAUACUCAGUUGUAGUUAUAAUUAUUGUCUGUCUAUGCUAUAUUUUCUCAUGGGAACUGCUAUUCCACUUCCAUUAAUAAUUUAUUGUUCAGUUUAACAUUCAAUAAAACAAUACUUCUUGUUUUAAUUUAUGUUAUAAUGAUUGAAA